UAGCCUUUAUUUUUAUUCUUCUUCUUUUAAAAAAAAAAUCUUAAGUCAAUAUACCUUGUCCUUUUUUUCUUCUUAUUUGGUUCAUCCCUCCCGCUUGCAUUUGCUGGGCAACAGCUAUACGAAUUAGACGAGAUAAAAUCAUCGAACCCCUUCCUGUGUGUGGAUACAAUCGCGUCUGGAAGUUGUGUACGCAUCAAGUACUAUUACAAGUUGGUUUUUUCCUUGUUUCCUAUAUUGCCGGCCAAUCUGUCUAGGAUUCUGGCCCAAACAAAAACAAAUACAGCAGCAGAACAAAACAACUUCCAGACGUAACUGUAUACCCUCCAGUAUUAUAUAUACUCGGAUAUAAAGGGCGGAUGAGUCUAUAUACUAGGAGCUGAUCUAAAACAUAAUAUCUAUACAUCACAAAAUCCCCAAAGAGCAACUACAUAAAGGACUAAUGGUUCCAACUGCAUGAGGUGCGCACGGUUUUCCGUCGAAUUCUUAUAUUUCCCUUUUCCGUUGACGACCAAAAUGAAUCGAAUCAAAAACCCCCUGCUGUGUUGCCAGGUUAUGAAUUGUACUGCGAAAUGCAUUUCGCCUAGACCCUAAGGGUGUAGACCUACAUUUAUUCAGCUUUUUAAAGAACAAAAAGAGGGGGGUGUGCUGCCCUUUCCUCUUACCUGCACACGCCCUUUGCCAUUCAGACUUAUUUCAGCUCGCGUACAGUGCAGUCAGAAUUUCAGAAUGGCAGGCCCUAGUGAUUUUUAUGGUUGGCAUAGGCACCAGAGAAUGGACCCACGGGCCGUAGGUUUUCGUACUGAACAAGAAGCUAGAGAUUGGGCAAAUCGUUCUCGUGAUUGGAAUGGUCAGCCACGCGACCGUUUUGUUCACUUUGAUUAUCCAGAUAGAGAAAGGUCUCCUCUUCGAAACUAUCGAGAGUGGGCUCCCUCCUUUGACGCUCAACCGCCAUUGUUUAAUAUUCCACCCGUGAUUCCACCACCGGCUUUUGACGUUCCUCCGCGUGAUCAGUUUUUUCACGGAGACCGGUUUUAUCAAAAUGAUGUGGGGGAUCGACCAAGGGGGCGUGCGAAGGAACGGGGGAAUGGCGCCGAGUUUCCGUUAGAUGAUAGGAUCGAAGAAGAAGCCUACGUUCGUUUUAGCAAGCUAAGAGACUUGGAAGAAAGAGAGAAGCGGGAGAGCAGACAGGAGGAAGACGAAGAAGAUGGCGAGUAUCUUGAAGUAGAGGACGAAGAGGAAGAAGAGUUAGACGAGGGGGGUCCAAAGCUAGUGGACCGUCCAUGGCUACCAAAGGAGCGUACUCCCCAAGCCCCUGCCGCCGGAUCUAAGUCGAAAGGGAAGGCUCUAAAACCAACGCGCGCGGCAGCCGCGGCAGCCACGGCAGGCUCAUCCAAAGCAGCCAGUGAAUCAGGGGAAGUGACGGCGUUCAUCCCAACAGCGAUUUCAGACGAGAUUAGGGUUUGGCUAACGACUGGCCUGUCAACCGACGAUUCAAAAGCAAUCUCAAAGAAAUUUGAGCUCGAGUUUGAGGACCCGACUUUCUCGAUUAAACCGCCUAAGCUCGACGGCUUUAUGUUGAGGCAUGCUAAAGACAAAGAUCGAUUGAAAGGGGUUAAUGCUUCGGAGGAAGCGCUUAUACAGACUCAGCUUAAAAUAAUGGACGUUGCCCCACCUCUGUUUGAUUUAUACGCUAAAGUGUGUGCUCUUGGAGAGGGAGAAACGGUGACGCAAGCCAAGAAUACGGUGCGGGCCGUUUUACAACAGUGGGGUAGAGCGUACUACCACAUCACCCAAAGAAGAAGGCGAGCGGUUGUGACAUUGGUGGAACCGACAUAUGACUUCAUAUUGUCAAACCCUGACGCUUUCGCACCGGGAAAGGAGGCAACUGAGCUCCUUUUCACGGACAAAUUCUUAGAGACGAUGCUCAAGGAGGCGUCUCAAGACGCCACACUGGCAAGCUCAUCGGCGGCUCGAGCGAGGGCUAAGGCAGGUGGAAGAAAGGUAGCAGUGAACCCAGGCCCAUCUCAACGGGUGUUGCGCCCAAGGAGAGAAGCAGCGGCCCAAUUUCCCGUUGAAGGGAGGCAGAGUGGUGGGGUCGGAAGAGGACGACCGCCGGGUGCAACUGCUUGGACUCGAGGAGGUGAAAGAAAUCAAACCUUUCGUGGCCGGAAAGCUGGAGGUUAUUCUAGAAGCAAGAAUAACUAGACUGGCGAGAAAGUAAGAAGGCCCCAUUACGUGUUCAAGUUACGGCAGUUGGCAGAGCUGUCCAGAAGAAGAAGCGCACUAUUUUUUGCUGCAACCAUUAUGUUCAUGUUUCUGUGUUUCAUGAUAUGUUACCUUGGGAUAGAGUUUUUUUACCCUGAAGUCCUCAGGUUUUUUCUCGUAUCCCCCUCAAACUGUUAUUUGGAAGUUAUGUGUGAAAUUCUCUCUGAUUAUGUUUGAUAACAUGUAAUUGUGUUUGGUUAAAACCCUGUACACGGAUCUGUAGCUAUAAGUCUGAAUGGCAAAGGGCGUGUGCAGGUAAGAGGAAAGGGCAGCACACCCCCCUCUUUUUGUUCUUUAAAAAGCUGAAUAAAUGUAGGUCUACACCCUUAGGGUCGUCGUCUACAUUUAUUUCUUAUACAAUUUCAAUUACCCUUCAGGAUCGUAGAACGAUCCCUCGGGUAAUUUACCAAAUAACAAUCAACAUUGACCAACAAUAACCCAGGCUUAUAAACCUGUAAUGUACACGUUAAACUUUCUCCUCUUGUGUGCAUUUCCCAAAUUAGAUUUGUUGUUGAAACAUCAAAUCAGUCCCCUUGUCUCUUUAUAUCUUGUUGUGUGUCGUUAUAAUUUUCUAAUCGUUUGUUCAUCUCUAUUGUAAACAGCUGGCGAGUGUGACAGCAUUGCACAGCUUUGGGUGUCGUUUCACGUCGUCUAGUGUUCCAAAAA